AUGAGAAAAUUAGAAAAUUAUACAGGAGAGUAGGCCAGGGCUUAUAAGAAAUUCGCUUAAAAGGCAAAAGGAAGCAGAGCUGACUUUGAGUCAGAUUUAAAUUUUAAUGAGGCUCCGAGUAAAUUUGUGAAAUCUAAUGAGUCAAAGUAGACUCUAAAAUCAAUUAAAGAUUAAAUAGAUUAUUUUGGAUAUGAAAUUGAACCGUUUAAUAUGAAGAAUGAGAGAGAUGUGGGUAAGUUUGAUGAUGGUGGAUAUUUUGUAUUUGAUAAAGCAAAAGACAAAUCAGUAAAUGAUGCUUGGUUAGAUUAGUUAGAUUAAAGUAACAUGUUCUAAGAGCUUCAAGAAAAGGCAUAAGCUGAAAACACCAAAAAAAUAUAGAAAUAAUUAAAGGAGGCGAACAAAAAUUAUGAAAGAAGGAUGUAGAAGAUAAGGGGAGAUGGUUUUUUUAGUUCAACUAAAUUUGCUUCUAAAGCUGAAGCUGAAGAAUUCUAUUAGAUCAAAAAACAAGAAAAUCAAGAAGAAUAAUAAGAGGUAGAAGUAGAAGUAGAAGCUAAAUUAUAAGUAGAAGAAAAGCAAAAUGAAUAAUAAAAUAAUUAAUCAGAAGAACAAGAAGUUAAAUUGGAACUGUUAAAAAUUGAUUAGUUAAAAGAAAUUCUUUAUGAACUUCUUGAAGAAAAUGAAAAUGCAAAUUAGGCAAUGAAAAGAGUGAGAGCAAAAUUAGCAAGUAAUCAAAAGAAAGUGUUUAAAAAAAAUGUUAGGAAAGAUAAUACCGAACAUAAUGAUAAAUAAGAUCAAAAGACUUCAGAAAAUAAAAAUGAAGCCACAGAUGAAGCAAAAUAGACACUGGAUAUCUUGAUUGAUAUCUGUACAAUAAUAGUAAAGAAAUCAAAUGACCCUUCUAUAUAUACUAUAAAGAAAGAAGAAUUAGUACCUUAAAGGGUCUCUCGUUUGGAAGAAGAUGAUAUAUUUUGA